AUGGACGCAGCGGAGCCGGGGCUUCCCCCGGCUCCCGAGAGCAGGAAGAGGUACAGUGACAUCUUUCGGAGCCUGGACAACCUUGAAAUUUCACUGGGGAACUCGACUCUUGAGAUGCUGGCUGGAGACCCUAUACUCACAGGAGAUCCAGAGUCUGACAAGACCCCCACAGCCACUGUGACCAGUGAAACCAGCCAUUGGAGUGGCCCCUCCCCAGAGGGUCCUGCACCCCUUACAGGGGAGGAACUGGACUUGCGGCUCGUUCGGACCAAGGGCGGUGUGGACGCAGCCCUGGAGUACGCCAAGACCUGGAGCCGCUACGCCAAGGAGCUGCUGGCCUGGACCGAGAAGAGAGCCAGCCUUGAGCUAGAUUUUACCAAAAGCAUUAUGAAGAUCGCCGAGGCUGGCAAGGUGUCAAUCCAUCAGCAGAACCACAUGCCACUUCAGUACAUCUACACCCUGUUUCUGGAGCACGACCUCAGCCUGGGAGCCCUGGCCAUGGAGACGGUGGCCCAGCAGAAAAGAGACUAUUACCAGCCCCUGGCCGCCAAGCGGACUGAGAUCGAGAAGUGGCGGAAGGAGUUCAAGGAGCAGUGGAUGAAAGAGCAGAAACGGAUGAACGACGCGGUGCAGGCCCUGCGAAGAGCCCAGCUCCAGUACGUGCAGCGCAGUGAGGACCUGCGGGCGCGCACCCAGGCGUCCUCGGAGGACCCCGCCCCCCAGGCCUCACCGGCUCCCAGCAAACAGCAAGAGCGGCGGCGGCGCUCCCGAGAGGAGGCCCAGGCCAAGGCGCAAGAGGCAGAGGCGCUGUACCAGGCCUGCGUCCGCGAGGCCAACGCGAGGCAGCAGGACCUAGAGGCCACCAAGCAGCGAAUCGUGUCGCACAUACGCAAGCUGGUGCUGCAGGGGGACGAAGUGAUGAGGCGGGUGACCCUGGGACUGUUCCGGCUUCGAGGGGCGCAAGCAGAGCGUGGGCCCCGCGCCUUCGCCGCCCUGGCCGAGUGCUGCGCGCCCUUCGAGCCUGGCCAGCGCUACCAGGAGUUCGUGCGGGCACUGCGGCCAGAGGCCCCGCCACCCCCGCCACCCGCCUUCUCCUUCCAGGAGUUUGUUCCCGCCCCGCACAGCUCCCCUCUGGACACCAAGAAGAAGCUCUCCGGACCCCCACCUCCGCGGUUGGACGAGAGUGCCGCCGAGCCAGGCCCUUGGGAGGACCCAGGCGUCGGCUGGCAGGGGACUCCGGGCCCCACUCCAGGCAGCGAUGUGGACAGCGUGGGCGGCGGCAGCGAGUCUCGAUCCCUGGAGUCUCCCACUUCCAGCCCAGGCCCUGGUCCAAGGCAGCUCGUGAAGGUCUCCUCCACAGGCACCGAGUCUUCAGAUGACUUCGAGGAGCGAGACCCAGACCUGGGAGACGGGCUGGAGAACGGGACCGGCAGCCCCUUCAGGAAGUGGACGCUCUCCAGCGCAGCCCAGACGCACCGGCUGCGGCGGCUGAGGGGCCCGGCCAAGUGCCGCGAGUGCGAGGCCUUCAUGGUCAGCGGGACCGAAUGUGAGGAGUGCUUUCUGACCUGCCACAAGCGCUGCCUUGAGACUCUGCUGAUCCUCUGUGGACACAGGCGGCUCCCAGCCCGGACCUCCCUCUUCGGGGUCGACUUCCUGCGGCUGCCCAGGGACUUCCCGGAGGAGGUGCCCUUUGUGGUCACCAGGUGCACGGCCGAGAUAGAACAGCGCGCUCUGGGUGUGCAGGGCAUCUAUCGGGUCAGCGGGUCCCGGGUCCGAGUAGAACGGCUGUGUCAGGCUUUCGAGAACGGCCGAGCGUUGGUGGACCUGUCUGGGAACUCACCUCAUGACGUCACAAGUGUGCUCAAGCGGUUCCUCCAGGAGCUCACUGACCCCGUGAUCCCCUUCCACCUCUACGAUGCCUUCAUCUCUCUGGCUAAAACCCUGCAUGCAAACCCCGGGCACGACUCUGAGACCCCAAGUCCCAGUGCUGAGGCUGUUCGCUUUCUGGAGACCCUCUUGGUGCAGCUGCCUGACUCUAACUACAACACCCUGCGACAUCUGGUGGCUCAUCUGUUCAGGGUGGCUGCACAGUUUGAGGAAAACAAGAUGUCUGCCAACAACCUGGGCAUCGUGUUUGGACCCACGCUGCUGCGGCCACCGGACAAUGCUGGGGCAGCGGCCGCCGGCUCCGUGAACUGCCUCCUGGACUUCGGGCACCAGGCCCAGCUCGUGGAGUUCCUCAUAGUGCAUUACGAGCAGAUCUUUGGGAUGGACGAGCUCCCCCUGGCCGCUGAGCUCCCACCUCAAGACCCCAGCCCAGCCCCUGGGCUCCUCACAGCCAGCCCCCAGCUGGCACCCCCAUCCCUUGCCCCAGAUCCCCUGCCCCCAACCUUGCCCCCAGAUUCAGAGCCAGACCCUGAGCCCCACGGUGCCCUGGAGGAGCAUCCCGAGGCCAUGCUCUCCGAGAUUCCAACUCCACAGAGUGACCAGAGAGAGGAAGUGGCCCAAGACACCAAAGAUGAGCGAGGGGAAGUGUCCAGCCAAGGCCCCGAGGACUCCCUCCUGGGGACACAGUCCCGUGGCUACUUCAGCCGCCAGCCAGUGAAGUAUCCCCGGGGGGGCGUGCGGCCCGUCACCCACCAGCUGUCCAGCUUGGCCCUGGUGGCUUUCAAGUUGUGCGAGGACACUCCUGUCACAUCAGGGCCUCAAGGGAGCUUGCGGGGGAGGGGCCCGGACCCCGCUGCUGCCUCCCCUGAGGGCCACCCCCUGCGCCGCACCCCGCUCCCCAAGCAUUUUGAGAUCACCCAGGAGACAGCGCGGCUGCUCUCCAAGCUGCCCAGAGACGAGGUGCCCAAGGCCACCUGCUGCCCGGACCUUCCGCCUGAGGAUGAGGAGGACGUAGAGGAGCAUCUCUGA